AUUUUACUAUUUCUUGUGUUUAUCAGCCAUUGCGUUCGUUCUUUUAGUUUUUAAGUUUUAUGGUGUCAGCACUAGUUGUGCGGCAGGGAAAAUAGUAGAAAAUUUCUAUCCUUAAAUUCUCGCUUCAGUCCACACUGGUUCAUCUCCAUCAUCAUCUAGAGAGCUUAUCUCCUGUCUUUUCUUCUUAUAAUCUCUACUCUCUCUUUUUCACCCUCUCUACUCUUUUCUCCAGAUAUAUAUAGACGUAAGAGUAAAAGGAGAGAGAGGGCAGUGCGGGGGUCAGUUCCAAAAGCAAAAUAAAUUAUUUUGUUGUGUUACUCUCUUGAUUCAACCAUAAUGCAGAUGGGUUUUGGUUAAAAAGGUCCCCCCUUUUAAAUCUUCUUGCCUAGAGUUAAUCAUGAUUUAUUAUCUCAAGAUUCUUGCUUGGCUGAUGUGAAUCUUCAGCAGCUUGGUUUUGGAGAAGAAAAACCUCUAAUUUUUGUCAAUUGAAAAACCCAUUUGGAAUUCUGAAUCCAGAUAUAGAAAAAGAGAGAGAUUUAUAGAUAGACGUGUCAUCCACCAACCAUGGAGUUGCAAUUUUGAGGCUUUGUAGUUGUUGAAUUUUCUUUGGAAGAACCUCGCUGCAAUAUCUCUUCAAGUUUGAGUUUUUAGUUUCUGGUUUGGAUUUGGGUUAUUGUUAAGGAGAAGAUUGUGAGGGCUGGCUUCGUGGUUGGUUUUACUUUUGGGUUUUGCAACGUUUUUUGAGUGUUAUUCUGCUGAAUUCUAACAUCUCAAAGCAUCGAUGGGGCUUCUUCGAAGUCUCGUGAUGCUUUCUCUUCUUACAUUGAUCCUCUGGUUGCCGAGUUUUAAUGCUCAAUCAACAAACAGUGCACGUGCCCUUGAUGCUCUCCUCCAAGAUUAUGCUUAUAGGGCAUUUGUUCUACCUAGGACUGGCAUUCCGUAUGAUGGGAUUGUUCCUUCUAAUUUGACUGGGAUUAAGAUUGCUGCCAUGAGGCUCAGGAGUGGUAGCUUGAAAAGUAGAGGUGUUCGGAUGUACAAAGAGUUUGGGAUUCCAGAAGGAGUAGUGGUGCAGCCAUAUGUGGAGAGGGUUGUUUUAGUCUACCAAAAUUUGGGCAAUUGGUCUUGGAGAUAUUAUCCGCUGCCUGGUUAUACUUACAUUGCUCCAGUGUUGGGCCUUCUUGCUUACGAUGCUUCGAAUUUAUCUGCUACGAAUUUGCCUGAAUUGGACAUCAUGGCAUCUGGUAACCCCCUAAAUAUCUCAUUCCUGAAUGUUCGUUCAGCUCCAGAUGGGUCUAUUGCAAAGUGCGUGUGGUUUGAUUUACAUGGUUUUCCGAGUUUGAGCAAUGUGACGUCUGGAAAUGUAUGUUCGACAAUCCAGCAAGGGCAUUUUUCAAUAGUUGUUGAGUCUCUUGCCCCUUCUCCAGCACCAGUGUCUCCAACUCCAUCUCCUCCAAACGUGGGUCCUGGGCCAAGUGGAGGGGGAAAGAAGAAGAAUUCUAAAAUAAUGUGGCCAAUUAUUGGGUCUGUUCUGGGUGGAUUAUUGCUGUUAGUGCUUUUGUCAUUCCUCAUAUUGUGGGCACAGAAAUUGAAGCAGAGGAAGAAAGUGCAACGGAUGGAGAGGGCUGCAGAGGUGGGGGAAUCCCUGCAGAUGACAAUGGUCGGGGAAACGAAAGCACCAGCAGCAAUGGUGACUCGAACACAACCAACCCUUGAGAAUGAAUAUGUGCCAUAACUCCUCCCGCUUGUACAAGUCCUCCCACCUUUCCACACACAUUCUUAUUCAAGCUUCAUUCCUGUAUUAAGAAAUUCUUCCGUUCACACCUUUUUUUGGUGGUGUCUUCUUCCUCGCCUUGUUUGGUUCUAGUAGGCUUUUCAUUGUAGUGUGGGUAAUAUAGGAUUUUUGUGUAAAUCUGUUAUCACCCAGAAACCCUCCAUAGUUUUAUGAUUCAUUGUGGUGUGCAUUAUAGCCAAAAGUAAUUUUAUUAUUUGAUGAAUUUAGUUCUCUCAUUGACAAGGAAUAAAACUUUUUGUGGUGCCUUUCUUUAUA